UGCGCAUGCGCAGAUAACGUGCGUAGAUCGUCCGCGUUGGGCCGUAACCGACUUGUGAAGCGCUUCCCGCUGGAAUGGAGGUGAUCUCCGCUCGCCGCUCGUUCAUUUGCGAUACUGGUGUGUGGGCGGACCGAACCACCCUGCACGAGGCCGCGUCUCACGGCAGAGCCCUGCAGCUGCAGCAGCUCGUGGAGAGCGGGGUGUCCGUCAACACGGUGACGGUGGACAACAUCACACCCCUGCACGAGGCCUGCAUACAGGCGCAUCCAAACUGUGCCCGGCUGCUGCUGGAGGCCGGUGCACAGGUGGACGUGAGGACCAUCCAUGGUAGCACUCCUCUGUGUAACGCCUGCGCUUCGGGUAGUUUGGAAUGUGCCAAGUUACUGUUGGCUUAUGGAGCCAAGGUUAACCCUUCUCUCACAGCCCUUACCGCCUCACCACUGCACGAGGCCUGCAUACGAGGUGACGUUGACAUAGUGAGGCUGAUGAUAGCCAAUGGUGCAAACCUGGAGGCCUACGAUGUCCACUUUGGUCCCCCUCUCCACAUCGCAUGUGCCAAGGGACAUGUGGACUGUGUCAGGGAGCUGCUCAAUGCAGGUGCCAACGUGAACUCGGUCAAGUUUCAUGAGACGGCCCUGCACCACGCCGCACGAGCUGAACGGACGGAUUUGAUCGAGCUCCUGGUGGAGUUUGGCGGCAACGUGUACGCCAGCGACAAUCUGGGGAAAAGGCCGCUCGACUACAGCGCGCCGGGGUCUCCCUCCGAAGCCCGCCUCGAGCUUUAUGAAGGUACGCCCCUGGGCCUGCAGCAGCUCUGCAGGAUCUGCGUGAGGAGAAUGCUGGGUACCGCGGCUCAGAAGGUCAUAGGUCAACUCGACAUAUCCCACCGCAUCCGCAGCUUCCUCCAGCACUGUGAUUGCCCGGCGUCGCUACUGAUGGACGUGUGAACGGACCCCCCCAGAUGAACGGAAACACAGCAGAACCGCAGACCACGGGCUCGUGUGUCCGUCCUCGUUCUUGACCCGCCAUUCAUCAGGAAGACCGUUGUAUCGUUUUACACGAUAAGCUUUGUCCUCGUAGCACGAUCACACGGUGUACCCUGCUCUCGCUUAUGUUCACGCUGAAUAAAUACGGACGUUGUUUCUGCACAGCGGAGAG